UCAUUUUCAUUUGAGCGCAAGUCGUCGCGGCCACCACCGUCAUGUCGACCAACGACGAUGCGUUCUCCCCAGAGCUUCUCGCGCUGUACUACGACCGACUCUUCCCGUACGAGGAGAUGGUGCACUGGCUGGGCUACGACGCCAGCGUCGCCAAGGACGCAAGCACGCCCAACACCCUCAUCAGUCGCCGUGAGUUCUCGUUCACGCUCGAGAACGACCAGUACAUUCGAUACAAAGCGUUCCGCAACGCGGACGAGCUCAAAUCGGAAAUGAAGCGGUUGAUGCCUCAUAAGAUCGAUAUCGGCGCAGUGUUCUCGGUGUCGCCGAUGGACAAGGGCAAAGUAGACAGCUCCAAAUUCGUGCCCGAAGAACGAGAACUUGUGUUUGAUGUCGAUCUGACAGAUUAUGACGACACACGUACGUGUUGUCAAGCGGCCGCCAUCUGCCACAAGUGUUGGCAGCUCAUGGUCGCCGCCGUCAAGGUCAUGGACCGCGGCCUUCGAGAGGACUUUGGAUUCCAGCACAUUUUGUGGGUGUACUCGGGUCGUCGAGGGAUCCAUUGCUGGGUGUCCGACACAGCGUCACGCAUGCUCACGAACGAAGCGCGGACAGCUGUGGUGCAGUACUUUACACUUGUGGAAGGCAGCGAGCAUGUCAAGCGCAAAGUCAAGUUGACGGAGCCUUUGCAUCCAUCCCUUGAACGCGCGUACGCCAUACUCGAGCCCAUGCUGGGCGACGUGAUCCUCGGUCCGUACGGCCAAGGCGUGCUGUGCUCCCCGGAGCACUGGGUCAAACUGCUAGACAUGGUCCCGGACGACGAUAUUCGCGCCAAAUUGAACGAAAUGUGGACCCAGCAACUGGACACGACGACGCCGUGGGAGAAAUGGGGGCAACUCAAAGCCGCGGUCGAGCAUGCCGUCCACGACAAGAAGCGGAAAAGCGUCUCGGACGACCGCCGCCGACAUCUGCGCACGUGUCUGGCAGAAAUUGUGUUUUCAUACUUGUACCCUCGACUGGAUGCCAACGUAUCCAAGCAGCGCAACCAUUUGCUCAAGAGCCCAUUUGCCAUCCAUCCCAAGACGGGUCGCGUAUGUGUUCCCAUCGAUCCCCGCCAUAUUGACGACUUUAAUUACGAGUCGGUCCCGACGUUGGUCUCGCUGGAACGCGAAUUGAACGCCACGGAUGCAGACAACGCCGCGAGCAAGUACCGCCUGUUCCAAGAAUAUGUCGACUAUUUCGCCAAGGACUUUAUCCAGCCCAUCCACAUGGCCCUACUCAAGCAAAAGAAGGCGGCGGCGGAAAGCACGGCGGCGUUGACAGGGGAUUGGUAACUAGAUACCAUCGAGGGGAUACGACCCAUAGAUCAACGACGUCGAGGCAUACUGGUAUCAACUCACUCAAGUCCACCUAUUUUUCUUUCGAAUCGAAAGUAUUGAAAGUAUAUUACAAGCAACGUAACAUCCGUUUUCAGAGGUAAUGGGAGGACCAAUCACAUUUGGUCGCUAGAACAGAUUUAAGAAGCUGUAGACAAUGGAUCAGGGUCGACUAACGUUACUAAGCACAACGAGAAGCAAUUUACAGC